AUGCUACAUAGAGAGCCAAAGCUGCCGGUUAGGCAGCUUCUAAUAUUAUCAAUAUGUCGGUUCGCAGAACCUGUGGUCUUCACAUCGGUGCUCCCAUAUCUCCCCGAGAUGAUGGAAAGCGUCGGCGUGCGCAAAAAUGAAAUCGCAAAAUGGGUCGGCAUCUCGUCCGCGGUGGCCGCCAUCAGCCAGUGCGUGAUGGCCGUUCCCUGGGGCGCAUUUUCAGACCGAGUCGGACGCAAAUACACAAUCCUGCUGGGUCUCACAUCAACGAUGUUUUUUUCGCUGAUGUUCGGCUUCUCGAAAUCCCUCGUUUCGCUCCUUAUUGCCCGAGCGUUUUUGGGGCUGAUGAAUGGGAAUGUUGGCAUUAUUCGUACCAUGGUAGCGGAACUGGUUCCGGAAAGGGAACUGCAGCCGCGAGCAUUUAGUAUUAUGCCGUUGGUGUGGACGAUAGGUAGUAUUUUUGGUCCGGCAUUUGGUGGAGCUCUGGCGAAUCCGGCGGUUAAGCAUCCCGGGAUUUUUGGGGAUUGGGAGAUUUUCAAGAAAUAUCCAUUUGCACUGCCGAAUAUUUUGUCUGCAUUGCUCUUUGUUGUUGGGAUUACUACUGGGUUUCUGUUUCUCGAGGAAACCCUGGUAACUCGCAAACAUAAACGCGACUAUGGCUUAGUCCUCGGUCAGCUAUUAACCAACUCCUGCGCUGGCAAAAGAAAACCCAAGCACUAUGCCAAGCAUGAUAUCGUCGACGAGAGAACCAGACUCCUCCAAGAUACCGACGAUGAUUUCAACAACAUAUCCAAACACACCAUAAAACCCAAACAAAAACCCGCAAGUUUCAGAGAGGUCUUCACGCCCCAGUCAAUUCUCGUCCUGAUUGCAUACACCAUGAUGGCGUUACAUAGCAUGGCAUUCGAUUCCCUCUUCCCCGUCUUCCUCCACCACCCCCAACAAGACAUGCACGACAACCCGGAUGUCAAACUCCCCUUCAAAUUCGCUGGCGGAUUCGGCGUCGACUCCCAAACAAUCGGCAUCCUGUACACCCUCAUCGGCAUAAUCGGCAUGUUCGUGCAAUUCCUCAUCUUCCCCGUCGCCGCACGACGCUACGGGGUAUUAAACUGCUUCAAAGUCGUCGCCAUCCUCUUCCCAUUCCUCUACGCCGUCACGCCCUUCACCGUCCUCGUACCGGCGCGCAUCCGCCUAGGGACGGUAUUCUUGUUAAUGAUGUGGAAACUAAUGCUCGUAAUAUUCUGUUUCCCAUGUUGCACGAUCCUGCUCACGAAUACGGCGUCGAGCCUGAAGAUCCUGGGCACGUUGAACGGCGUUGGUGUGAGUGUGAGUGCGAUUGGGAGGGCGAGUGGGCCGGCGAUUGUCGGGUGGGCUUUUACGGUUGGAAUUAGGCAAGGAUAUGGGGUUGUGCCGUGGUGGAUUUUGACUGUUUUGACAGCGCUCGGUGCAGUGCCGGUUUUUUAUAUUGUCGAGACGGAUGGGUUUCAUGACGCUGAUGGUGAUGGUGAUGAUGAUGAUGAUGAUGAUGAUGAUGAUGAUGAUGAUGAUGAUGAUGAUGAUGAUGAUGAUGAUGAUGAUGAUGAUGAUGAUGAUGAGGUCGAUGAGGGACGGGUUCUGCAUGAAGAAGAUUGA